ACUGGUGUGGUUGGAUCCAUUGAAUUCCGGCCCCUCGUCGGCCCAUCCAAUCCCUUUGCUCGUUUCCAUGGUUCACUAGUAGUCGUGGCUGCUUGUUCGUCAUCGGCACACUUCAUCUCCCUGUCUUCUUUCCAUCCUCCAUUUCAUCUCUGAUCUCUACUCUUCAUCCCGGAUUUUUGCACUUGUGAUUUCACUUUCAAGAUGUCUCGCUCACCAGAUAUGCACCAUGACCAGGCCUCGACCAACUACAAGGAAGCCUUCUCUCUCUUCGAUAAGCGUGGUACCGGCAAGGUCGCGCUCGAGUCGCUAGGCGACCUCCUGCGCGCAUGCGGCCAGAAUCCUACUUUGGCGGAGAUCGCAGAUUUGGAGAAGUCCAUCGGUGGAGACUUUGACUUCGAGUCGUUCUUGAAGGUCCUCAACCGCCCUGGAGGCUUCCGUGACCCUGGCGAGCCCGAAGAAUACUGCCGCGGAUUCCAGGUGUUCGACAAGGACCUGACUGGGUUUAUCGGUGUGGGACAGCUCCGAUACAUCCUGACGAAUCUCGGUGAGAAGAUGUCGGAUGAGGAGGUUGACGAGCUACUCAAGGCCGUCGACACCAGCUCCGGCGAGAUCAACUACACCGACCUCGUCCGCACCAUCCUGGCCAACUAAACGACACACGAUACCGAUACCCUCCUGACGUUCCUGAUGAUUUCUGUUACGACGCGAACCUCCUACCAGCCGUGCCGGAGUUGAAGGCUUGAGCAUAGUUUAGUUAUAGUGCAUUGUAUAUGGGAUAUUGCGCGAUUCAGCAGCGGAUAAACAUAAGAUAAA